UUCAGUGCAAUUUCUUUUAUUUGUGUUUAUUAUCUCGUCUCGUAUCGCAAUGCGUUGUUAUGCUUGCUGAUAUACGAGAUAUGGAGAGAUGUGACAAUGAGUGUAAUGAGAUAAUCGGUUCUCCUUGUACAUGUGAUUUCCACGGAGUGUGGCAAUGGUCCGGCGGAGCGCGAGCGCCGGCUGCCGGCGCGCGCGCCGCCCCGGUGUCAGUCUAAUCUAUCAGCUCGAAGCGGUUCGGUGCUAUACCAGAUAAAUUACACUUCGCGCGGGAUUAAAAAAAACAUUUUUUUUUAACUAUUAAAAUGUCCCUAAAGUGAAAUAUAAGAAACAACGUAAACGUGUGUUUUUGUGGAACAAAUAUUUAAAAAUAAAUAUUUACAAUUUAGUAGUAACGUGAAAAACUGAAACUCACCUAUGGGCGAAGUAAAAGUUAACAGCUUUCCGGACAUAAUGAGAAAGUGUUUCAAAAUGGGUCUUUUUAAAAUAAUCCCGACUGGGACAGCGAGCAAGGAGAAAUGCGUGGAGGAGACCGAUGUAGUCUCUCAGGCCAUCGGUAACUACGGCCGCUGGCAGCUGUUGAUGACGUUCCUGCUCUCACUGUUCUCAUUCCCCUGCACAUUCCACAUAUACCUGCCGACGUUCACGGCAAGAGAAACGAAAUACUGGUGUCGGGUGCCUGACAACUUUACAGGAUUACCGAUAGAAAAUUGGAUCAACUACAGCCAGCCCAAUAACAACUAUUGCCAAGUUCGAGACCUUCCUGCGGGUGUCACGGUACAAAGCAUACUGAAUGGCACUGCACCAUUGCUGGAUACAUUCCAAAAAUGCCAGGAAUGGGACUUUGAUCGGUCUGAGGUGGGAGACACCAUCAUAUCGGAGUGGAACUUGGUUUGCGACAGAGCUGGAUUAACUAGUUUGGCUGAGGUUGUGUUUUUAGUCGGUGUGGGCAUUGGAGGAGUGGUGGGCGGCUGGAUUUCUGACAGAUUCGGGCGCAAGCGUAUCCUGAUGGGCAUGAUGACGGCACAAAGCGUUCUCGCUAUCCUGUCCCUUCUUGUCCGCUCGUACCUCCAAUACGUGAUAGUCCGACUCAUCAUGGGCCUGGUGUCGGUGUCGGUCGUGUACGCCGCCUUCGUGCUGUCAGUGGAGCUGGUGGGCGGGAAGUGGGUGACCAUCGCGGGCGUGUGCAACUUCUUCCCCCUGCCUUUGUCGUAUAUUAUCGUGACGCUGAUCUCUUACUUACUGCCGAACUGGAGAGCCUUGCAGCUCUCGUUAUCUCUGCCGGGAUGCUUGUUGAUGAUUUUGUGGUUUUUCUUACCAGAAUCACCAAGAUGGUUAUUGAGCAUGGGCCGCACUCAGGAAGCCAAAGCAAUUCUACAGAAAGCAGCAAAAUUCAAUAACAGAGAAUUACCGGCUGACCUAGACAAAUUAUUGAUUAUACACAGAGCAGAGAACCCCGAGGAAGAGCCAAGCGUGCUUAUGCUGUUUUCAGGGUACCUACUGAAACGAACUAUAUGCCUGUUCCUAUCGUGGUUCUCAAUGACUAUUGCCUAUUACGGCCUGCUGCUGAACAUUGGCAACUUCCAGUUGGGUGAUCUACAUAUGACGUCUAUUAUACUGGCUGUCGUAGAAGUCCCUGCUAUAGCUAUGAGCAUACCUAUUCUGUUGAAGGCAGGACGACGAGCUCCGAUAUUCAUUUCCAUGCUGAUGUGUGGCCUCGCGUGCGUCGCUAGCGAGUUGUGUUCGAUGUCCUCGGAUGAGAAAUGGGUCGUAAUACUUUGUCUCAUGAUAGGAAAGUUUGCAAUUGGCGCGACCAACAUGAUGUUGCCGAUAUUCACCGCUGAGUUGUAUCCUACUGUGAUAAGAAACUUGGGGGUGGGAGCUAGCCAGAUUGCCGCGGGUAUAGCGCUCAUCUGCAUUCCAUAUUUAUGGAAACUGAAAACCCUGAAUGAGCACCUGCCCAUGGUGACGAUCGCAGCGCUGAGUGCAUUCGGUGGAGGCAUCGUGCUGCUGCUGCCGGAUACCUCCAGCACGGAGGACAAGCGACCCAAGGACAAAAAACCGUCGUUCGACAACGCUUCGCCGUGCAACGGCACUUUCACAGUCACAGACGAUAGAGGGCACUAGUUAUUUCCACCAGUGACUACAUACUUAUAAAUAAUUCUAUAAGAAAUCUGAACAGUGGCAAACUAGUGUUAAAUGUGUGUUUUGUUUUAAAAACAAAACUUUUGACAGUAAAAAAAACUAAAGUGAAUAGUGAGAGUUAAAUCGAAUUUAGUACAAGGUAAGAAAAGCGAGUAUUGAUGAUAUUACAAAUGUAUGUAGGUAUUAUUUAAUAUUAUAUAUCUAGAUACUAUAAGUGUCAAUAAGGUUAAAUUAGUUUAGUCAUAUUAUAUAGUUUUAUGUCAUUGCGGAUAUAGUUAACAAAGCAAUAAAUGAUAAAAAUUUAAUAUUUAAUAUUAACUUAUUUCUUAUCACAGAUCGAGCUAAUACCUAGCUAACUUUUGAUUACUAGGUACUUAUACUAUGUGUCAUACUUGUUUAGGUACUCUGAUUAAGCGUAUUUAUAUAUAACCAACCUACUUUUCAAGCUUUGUUAUGAAGUGAUCGCAAAAUUCAUUAGCUAAGACAUAAGAUAAGUCUUACCCAAAUAUUAUCUUGCUAAUUGCCCCUAUUUGCCCAAUAGUCAACUGUUGCGUAUAUGUCAUUUGUAAACUCCAGUCAAAGUGACAACAGUAAAUAAUGGACAGGUUAUACAAAAUGUUCGUGUACUCGUAGUGUUACGAUCUUACGAUAGUGCAAUAUCAGCUUUAGAAGUAAUUAAGAUGCGAUUUUGAUUAAAAUUUACUUGUAUUGUCGACUUUCAGCCAAUAAAUUAAAUGUUUUUUUUUACUAAAUAGUGUUACCCUUGAUCGGGGUUACAUACCUAAUAUAAUCAAUGGGAUGUCUAUGAUUAAAAUGUUACGAGACGAAGGGCCAGUCAACUCUAUGGCUGCUGUUCGACGCAACGUUGGCGCAACUGCGCAGCGAUGCCAUUUUCCAUAGAUCUGACAUCUGACUGGACGCCGACUCUCAAGACGCUUGUGUUAGGGUAUUUCUAAAGAGACUCGUACCUAUUGAUAGUUACCUAUAUACAAUAUUAUUUGGAUUUUAAGUUUGAGUCAAAGCGAUCAUAAUGGCGGUGGUUAACACACACAAAUAUAAAGUUAAUUUAUCGUGUCCGUCCACCAGAUAUUUGGACAUUUUCACUUAAAAGUGUACCAUUCAUUUUUUUUUUAAUUCAUCAACUUUUGGGUUAUUUCUACUCAGAAUCACGAGGACUAACGAUUUAAAAAGAAAAAAAAAAUGUUCUAAAAAAAAUGACAGUUUCGUAACGCAUUUUCACAUACAUUUUGUAUGGACCGUUGAAAACUGACACCCAAAAUUUGUAUGAAACACUGGGCCCACUGGGGUCACUUUUUUUCUUUGUCUCAUUCAAUAGUACUCGUGAUUCUACUGACUGAGUCUAAAUAACCCAAAAGUUGAUGGUUUUUCGAAGAAAAGUAAAUGGAACCAUUUUUUCUGGAAACCCCCAUUUACCCUUUUUAUUAGUUCAAAAUUUAUUCAACAAACCAGUUGUAUUUUGAUAUUUCAAAUUGCGUGUUUAAGUAUUUAUGUGAUGAAACUGAUAAAGAAUAAGCAAUUAUUUUAAUACAUUAUUAUGUAAGAUUUUUUGUAUUGAAUUGUUGUUUGUAAAUUUAAUGACAAGAUAAAAAUAUCGUACCCAUUAAUGUUAACAACGCCGAUUAGACGAAUCUAUGUACCUGUUUAUAUUUGUUACCCUGUAGUUAAUUAUAUAUUUAUUAUACUAGAAAUGAUAUUUAAGUAAGUAGGUUACGAACCUCUUCUAAUGUUAUAGUAAAAUAUAAGUAAAAGUCUUAGGUGUAGCUUACCAAUAUUAUAGGCGGAUGACAUUAUUUGGGAAGUAUUUUAAAAGGGCUUAUUUCUUUAUGGACACCAUACAAAAAUAAACCCUUUUGAAAAGGCACACCUCAUUUUUUGGAGUUAAGACAGUAAAUACAAACAUACAAUUUUGAUUCUCUGAUUGCCUACAAUGUAAGCAUUAAGGGGCCGACUGACUAUCAGUCCGCCGGACGAUAUCGGCCUGUCAGUUGUUCGAAACUGUCAAAUUUUUGUUCUAACUGACAGACCGAUAUCGUCCAGCGGACUUAGUCAGUGGGCCCCGUUAGUUGUAUAUUAUUAUGUGAUUUUAACGAAAAAAAUAUUACAGAUAGUCAAUAGAAAUUAAAUAAUGAAAUCUUAAUAUUUAUUAUAUUUCUACAUAUAUUUUUCUGUCGUAAUUAUUACAUAUUUACUAAUAACAAUCUUGUAACAAAUGUACGAUCAAUUUUGCGAUAGCCAUAGUAUUUAUGUUGAUAUUUUACAUUUUACCGAUAAAUGCACUACCGAACAAUAGUUUAGAUUAACCUAUUUGUAAAUGAAACUAUAAUGACUGAUUUGAUUUAUUGCUUUCAAUUAUAGUUCAGAUUUAAUUUUGAUUCAAUGCAACUGAAAACUACAAUAUGUAAUUCAUAUUUUAAUACUAGGUAUGUAUAUUUUUGUAUGAGUAGCGACUCUACCGUCAGACUUUUCACGGAUAACGGGUUCGUUGAUGUUGAAAAACUUACUCGGUCGAAGUAAUUUAUACAUAAAUUAAGUUUUAAUAAGUUAGUUGUGUGUAAUAUUAGAAGCCGUGUACACGUAAAUCUAAUGGCUCUUUGUCUUUUUUAUUCGUUAACCUUUAAUUCAACUGCAUCAAAUCGAAAAUUAGCGCUGAAACUUGUGUGUACACAAUAUGUAAUUUAAAUAACGCUAAACUAUAGAAGCCUCAAACACCAUUUUUAAAGAUGUUUCAAUCAUUUCAAUAAUAAUAUACUCGUAGGUAUAUUUUUAUAGUAGAUAAUUAUUUUAGAAUAAACCUAAUUUUGCCGUGUUAAUGAUUUUAAUAGUAAAUGUAUAGUACAAAUUAUCUCAGAUGAUUUUUUCGGGCUCGGGCCCUAAUCUGUUAAUCAAAAGGUAUUGUUUAAUUUAUGCAGUGGUUACACUGCUUAUACUGCUAAUAGCCCCGGCAUAAGUAACGGGAACAAGCCCGUUUAAAAAGCAUAUUUACCAUUUUAUUUAUAUGGUUCAAAUUCCAUAAAACAGCCCAUUUGGAGAUAAUAUGUUGUGUUAUCUCCAAAGAAAAUACCACCCUGAUUGUUCUCUCAAUGAGCUGUCAGAUAAAUUUGAACCUUAAUACUAUCACGAUAGUUAUUUUAUAAACGACAUGGCUGCUUUGGCACGUGCUGACGACCGCUCUUAAAAGAAACAAAGGCUUUUGUUUAACAGAUUAGGGCCCGAGCCCGAAAAAAUCAUCUGAGAAAAUUCAUACUAUAUUUACACUCAUUUGCCUGCCAGUAACUUAUAAACCGAGCAUAUUAAAAAGAGUGCUUAUUUAAAAAUGUCGAUGUUUGCGUUAUUUUAGUUACACUUUAUACCUAAUACUUUAAGUCAUUCAUUAUUGUAUUUUUAUUCCCUGUACCGCUCUCCAUAUUUCAUGAGACUAGGUUUCUCUAGAAGAAGAACAAUUUGAAAAAUAUACAUAUAAGAAAAGAACUAAUUACGACGGAAUAUGGCAAAAGGGCAAUGCUCCUUUAUCGGGGAAUGUAGAACAUUGGUAUCAUGUAACAUUAAAAUUGUAGGUUUGCCAUUAGCCAGUUACUGAAGGAUAUAGAUUAAAAUUGAAUCACAUCUCGUGUAUACUGUCAGCAGCAGAUGUCUCUAAAUGGGUCAGAUGGCAAAACUAUAAAACUUAAUUGAUAAGAGCGUGUGUAUAUAUCAUUUUGACCCCCUCACCGCUACUUAGCUACUUCCGCUGCUGACUGCACCUUCUCUACCUAUACUUAUCAAAGUUAUGAAUGUUCAUAGCCCCUCUAGCAUGUUAGUGGAUGGAUGACGCCGAUAAUCAAUAUCUGAAUCCCAUAUAGUCAGCAGUAAAUAGGUAGUAGACAUUAAAUGUAAUGUAUUGUAAUAGAUUCUACCAAAGCGAAUUAAGAAGACAUAGAGUGCUCACUCCAUACAUCGGUUUUGUUACCAAAAAGACUAAUAUUUUCGUAGUCUGCAUCUAGCGUCAAGAAACGGAACUAUCAGUACUGCUACUGGACAAUAUAUAUAUGGAGUGUAGGUAUGGAGUAAGCACUCUGUCUUCAUAAUUCUCUUUGAUUCUACACAAACAAAGACCGUAUACAAAUUUGUGGAUCUUGGACAAUGGACUCAUGUUUUUCUUUUGUUAAUUAUGUGCUAUCUACGUACUGGUGACUGUAUAUUACUGUAAUUUCCUGAUAGAGAUUUCAAGGCAUAGAAUCGAUAGUCCGCUUAUAUAUAGUUGACAAAUUAAUCUGGACCGAAAUUGUACGAGAGAUCCGUGCAAAUUCUAUUCCGUCAACUCCGUAUAUUCUUGUUUGUUUCCCAGAUGUGACCGUUUGCGGUUGCCAUUUUACACUACGCGUGUUGUCAAACGUAAAGGGGCCCACUGAUUAACAGUCCGCCAGACGAUAUCGGCCUGUCAGUUGUUCAGAACUGUCAAAUUUUUGUUCUAACUGACAGACUGAUGUCGUCCGGCGGACUGAUAAUCAGUGGGCACCUUAACCAACUUUGUUUUUUUUAACACUGCCAGGAAACCGGCGUAUAUUAUGUCAAGGCAGGCUAUGUCAAGUGAACCCUCUAGGGAGAGGCGGGCUCAUGUACUUAUAAAACAAACUGCGCCUCUGCCUGCCAGGCUUAGGGUAGGGUGGUCUAAGACUGCGCGGUCGAUAAGAAUGCGCAUACGUCAUAAUUUAAAUACAAAGUGAAGUUCGUGGCUAACUUCAGUGCUGUUUUGAAGUGUAAUAGCACCUGUUACUGCUCCCGGAAUCAAUUUAGUUUACUGUGAAAAUAAGAUACUCUAGGUUAAGUUUGAAGUUUUUAUCACAUUUUGAUCUUAUUUUUCUUCAAUUUAAAUGUAUUGUCACUAAUAAGACCUAGGUAAAUUAAAAUAUGAGAUCUUGAAUUUGGAUCGCGUAUGCGAUGGCGCGUUUGAACGGCCGUCGCUAGUUCACGUCAUUUUGCAUAGGUGGCGUUACCAGUAUGUUUUAGUGAAAAUGGAGGAAUGUGUAAGAAUGCGCAUGGUACGAAUGUGUAAAAAUGCGCGCGCAGUCUUACACAUCCAUUUCCACAUGAAUGUGAAAAAUGGCUCAGAAAUAACCCAGGAAAAACUAUAAAUAUUCCAAAUGUUUAAAAUCUUCACUCCAGCUUAUCCCAAAGCUGCAAACCCCGCAUGCGCUGCUGAAAGUUUUAAACCUUUAGGAAUAUCACCUUGUAAUCCUGAGGUAUUCACUGAAGCUGAUUUCUUGGCUAGUUCUGUAACCGAACGAGAAAACACGAGGCUAAUUUUGCUGAAGCCAAAGAGCAAUCUACAAUUUAUACAAGCUAUGUUGUUGUAAAUGAUGUUGACCCUCUUGGGCAUGCCCGUGAUGUGGCGAAAUCUAUAAAGAUCCAAUUACUGAAGACUGGAUCACGUGUAUCGCUUGUAAUGAAUGGUGGCAUGAUCAAUACACAGCGCACACGGGUGCUGCCGCCUUUGCUUGUGACUUAUGUAAAUAAUUAAACUUGGCUGGAUAUGCUACCGCGUUUCCUUAGGUAUCGCGCAUUCUUACACCACCCGCGCAAUCUUACACAUCCUGCUGCGCAUUCUUACAUCGCGGGUAGUGUAAGAAUGCGCAUUUCUCGUUUUCCAAUUAUGCUCUAAUAUAUCAAGAUUGGUUGAUCUCAUUUACUAAUAGAGUUUAAAAUUAUGUUGUCUUGUUAUUCGGGAAGAAAAGAACAAAAGUUGACUUCAAUUAUACCGUUUGUUUUUAUUUUAUCACGUCUCAAACCUUAAGUGCGCAGUCUUAGACCACCCUACCCUAUUUAUUUUAUGACCGGUUAAGAUUAAGAGCGACUCCCAUCGUUAGUGAGCGCUGUCUAGUAUUGUUAUUUUGUAAAAUGACAAUUUUUAAUAAAGCUUAUGAUU